AUGGGUGAAAAUCUUACAGCAAAAGAAUUUGAAACAUUAUUCAUCCAACAUAAUGAUUACUUAAAGUUAGCAGAAUUAAUAGAGCCUUUGUUAUCUAAUUUUAUAUUUAAAAACAGAAGAUAUGAUAGUUGGAAUAAUAUCUUUAGAAAGUGUGAAAAAAUCAUGAAUGCUAUCUUUAAAAAUAAUUUUGAAAACGGGUUUCAAUCUAAACAUUUUACACCUGGUGAAAGUCGUUUAUUAAUAUGUCUGUUUAAAUUUUUUCAACGAAUUCAAAUGUUCUCUAAUAAUUCUAUUGACAUUCCCUGUAAAGACUUAUUCUUAUCUUUUGCAUUAUGUUUUGAUAUUGAAAUUAGUAUUCAAGCUUUUAAAGUAAUGUCAUUGUAUUUGUACAAAGAAAAAUUUUUAAAAAACAAUACUUUACAGAUAGAGAUUUUACUUAAACUUGUUAAUGUACCUGGAUUAAGAAUCAAAAAAUAUUUAUACGAUGACGACUAUGUUUUAGCAAAAACAAAUGCAAUUUUUUUUAAUGAUCCAUUACAAUAUUUUAAUGAAAAUAAGUUUGAUCAGAAUAUAUCAGAUUUAUAUGUUGAAGCAAAUAAACUUUUGUGUGACAAUGAAGAUCUUGUUUACAUUAUUAGGAUUUAUUCUCUUAUAACUAUGGGUGCUUCCAUUGUUCGUCCAGAAGAGAUAUUAAAAACUUUAAAGGAUAAAAUUUUAAAGAGAAAUAACAAUAAGUUUAUAGAUAAUGAACUUAAGUUUUUAUUAGAUGAAUUUAUUUUUUAUUUAUUAAGAAUUGAUUGUGACGAAAACAUUAUUAAACAAAUAAUUCAAGAAAAUAAUUUCUUAGAAAAGAGGCUUAUUUAUGACGAAUUAACUCCAUUUGAAAGCAUUUCGAUUUUUUCUAACAUAAGUGAAAUAAAUUUUGAUGUAAAUUACAGUUUAACUAAUACAGUUAGUAAUCCUGACCUUGAUUUUCAAUAUUUCUCAGGAAUUUAUAGUUUAGUUAAACGAGACACAAAUGUUUUUUCAAGUUGUAUAGAUUUAGAUAAUUUUAAAUCAUUGUUGCUGCACUUUGAUGAAUAUCAUUCAAAAAAAGAUAAAUUUGUCUUAAAAAUUAUUUUUAAAAUUAUGAAUGAGGUAUAUAAAAAAGGUAGUGCAUAUUUUGAACCUUUUGAAGAAAGUAAGUAUUGUAAAAAAUGUUUGUUUUUGAUAAAAGAAAAAUCUGAAGUAUUUUCAAGUUUAUGUAUUGAUACACUGACUUUUUUCAUCAACAAUGAUCCACUUUCUAUUUCCAUUAUUCCUCAAUCUUGUAUCUACGAAAUAUUUGAAAAUUUUAUAGCGUCGGAAGAAAUGUACAUAGCACUGCUUAACUUGUUUGAUGCACUUUCUUUAAACAAAAAUUUAAGUAAAAAUUUUGUUGACACAAAGUUACUAUCAAAUUUAUUAGAAAAAGUACUUUUGAUUCAAGAUGGUUUUUUUAAUGGUUUUGGAUCACAGUUUACUAUAUUAAUUAAGCAUCAUCCACAAUAUGAACUUGAGCUAAUUGAUUUUAUUUUGCUUAGUAUGAAAUUAAAAUUACCUACCUCGUCUUUAUUUAAUUUUGUGAGCACACAAGAGCUUUUAUUUUAUCGGAGUAUAAUUUGGAAUGGAGAAAGUGGUAUUUUGAAUGUUGUAGAUACUUUAUUUAAGAAUAAUUUUUUGACUAAACAUAUUUGGCAAGAUUCUUUUUUUAAUUUAUUUACAUCCGGAUGUAUUCAGAUAUAUAAUAUUUCUGUAGAAGAUUAUGAAAAUAUUUUUAAUUUUUACGCAGAUAAAAUUCUUGAAGGUUAUAAAAAUAAUAUUUUAGAUCUAGCAGAAUUGUAUUUAAAUUUGAUAUGUCAUACAAUAUUAAACAGGAAAACGAGAUUUAAUGAUGAAGAUGAUGAAUCGCAUUCCAAUUUAUCUAAUAUUUUUUAUAUUCUUACUUCUAUUUUACCAUCUAUUAUUUUAAAAUUAGAAAGUUUUUCUGUUGUUGAUUAUUUUGAGGCUGGAGAAGAAUAUAAAAAUGACGUUUAUAAGUUAAUUUGGCUAGAGAUUAAUUAUAUUUUUUUAUAUGUAUGGAGAAUGGAGAGUGUUCAAGAGAACAGAAAUUGUUUUAAUUAUUUUUUAAACUGCAUAAAUUACAGAAAUGAUGAGAUUUCUAAAAAAAUUAAACAUGAACAUUCCUAUGAUGUAUUAGAUGAUAAUCAGAAGCAUUUUUAUAAAAAUAUUCUUGAUAGUAAUUUAUCUAAGCUAUCUACUUCUAUUAUUUACAUUUUUUUUGAUUGGCUGUUUGCCAAUAAUGUAAUUGAUCAAGAAAUUUUGUGGUCUAAGAAAGAAUUAUGCAUAUUAUUUAAGAGUUUAGAGGACAAACAAUUAGAAUUGAAAAAUGAAUAUAUUGAAAAACUUCUUAAUUUUUUUAAUUCAUAUGAUACAGAUAUUUCUAUCAUUACAUUUCUCGAUAAUAUAUUAUUCUGUUCAGAUUAUUCUAAUCCUAAAUACAUUGAUAAAAUUAUUAAUUUAUACAUAAAAUACUAUACCAAAGGAAAUGAAAUAAAAUACAAGACUGUUUUAUAUGAUGAAAAAUUUUCAAUCAGACUUAUUGAAAAUGGGUGUUUUAAAGCAUUUAUAGGUGCUCAAGAUUUAUGCAUUAAUUUUUUAAAAGGCAAUUUUGUUGUCAAUAAUGAGUUCGUUGAGUUAUGUACUACAACUUUAAAAGAUUUAACAUUUAAAAAUGAAAAGUAUAUUUUUAUAGAAAACGAGAAAAUUUUACAAUUUUUGAACUUUAAAAAUAUAAAGCCUAGAAUAAAAAUGGCUUUUUUACUAUCAUACAUAAAAUAUAUAAAGUCACAAGAUCAGGAGAUACACAAUAUUGAACCAAUUUAUAAAUAUAUCAUAAAAAAAAUAUCUAUAAAAAAUAAUCAAACUACAAAGUUACUUAUUAAAUGUAUACUACUUCAUAUAUUUGAUCAUUCUAGAGAUUUAAUUGAUUACAAAAUAGAUUUUUCGCCAUCAAGAUUCAUAUCUGCUAAUUAUCUUGCGGCGUAUCAUAAUAUACGAUUUUUUAAAAAAGCAUUUGAAAAAGUUAUAUUACAUAAUAAUGUUGAUAUACAAAAGAGUGGGUUUUUAGAUACGACACAGCAUCUUUUUAAAAUAAUGAUGAAAAAAUCUACAAAGAAUAUUAAUUGUUUAAAUGUUCUUACAGAAAUAUUAACAAAUAAUUUUACAUAUGAUUGUCUAAUUAAUAAAAAGUUUUUACGUACGAUAUCAAAAAGAUAUAUUGAAACUGUAGAUUUAGGAUAUAAAAUAGAUUUAAAUAGUAGUUUUUAUGUAGCAUUAAACUUUUUUGUGCACUGUUUACAAUCAAAAAAUAAGAAGCUAUCUAAGAUGACUUACAAGGUACUUUUAAAGCAGAUGAUAAUUUAUAAAAAUCACAAAAUUUAUAAUUUUUUAGUUAUUUUAUAUACUUCCCUGGGUGCUCCUAAUAUUAUUAGGAGUGGUUAUGAAACAGGUUUUUUUGAGAAUGAUAGUGACUUUUUAUUGAGUGGCUAUUUUAUUAAAAAAGGCAUUGCUAAUAUUUUUUUCGAAAUUUUAUCUAAUGUGAAAGAAAAAGAUCUAAGAAUUAUCAAUUUUAGCAGUUGUGAUGAAGAAAGCAUUGAUCAACUUGGUCUAAGCGCAUGGAAUAAUAUUAAAGAGGCUAACAAAGUAAGUUACAUCUAUUCAUUUUUAUCUCAUUUAUAUGACAAAGAAUAUGAUUAUCUUUUAGAUCUACAAGAAGAGGAUGAAGAAGAAUAUGAAGAGGAUGAGGAAGAUUUUGAUUAUGACGAAAUGUAUAUUCCUGAAAAUCUUACACCUGAAUGUUCAUCAUAUGAAGACAAUGUAGAAAUAGAAGAACUGGUAGAAAAACCUAAAAAAAGAAGUAUUUACAAUUCUUUAUAUUCUGCAUAUUUUUUAUGCGAAAAAGAAUGCUACAUUUUAGAAAAUAAACGAAUAAUAACCUUUUUGGAUAAAUUAAUUAGAAUAAUAAAAGAUGAAUACAAAAUAGAAAAUAUAAAUGAAGAAUUACAGAAUGUGGAUAGUAAUGUACCUAUAAACAAUGAAAACAUUAUUGAACUUUACGAUGACGAAAUGGAUGAAAUUUACUACAGUGAAGAAGAAGAAUAUAAUUUUAAUGACAAUAUCAAUUUAGAGAAUGAAAAUUUUAAUAUAGAUGAAGACUUCAGUGUCAGUGAAGAAUCUAUUUUAGGUAUUGACAAUGGUGUAAUUCCUGAUAUACACGUAGAUGAUAUCAAUAAUAUGAAUGAAGAAGAAUUAGAUGAUUUUAUAAAAAAUUGGUAUAUUGAAAGAAAAUCAUCAAAUCACAAGUAUUUACCCAUAGACAUUAAUUUCUUAAACAAUUUAAAUGAAACUGUUAAAGAAAAAUUUGAGGAAAAUGAAAGGAUAUUAAAAGAUGAUUAUUUUGAAUAUGCACCUGAUUAUGAGGUGAUUGAAGAAUCAAGUAGUCAUGUAAAUGAAGAUAUUGAUACUUUUUUGGAUAUUUCGAUUUAUGAGAAGUUUCUUGUAUCUUACCUUUCUAAAGACUUUUCUUUGAAAACGGAGUUAACAGAUAUUUUAGAAAUAUUGUGCUUUAAUUCAAAUUUACGAAGUUGUACAUUUAAAAUUAUUAAAGAAAAGAUUGAAGAUUUUACAAAUGCAAAAAAGUGUAUAAGAAUAGUAAAAAGCAUGUUAUUAUCUUCUAAACAUGAAAUAGAAAAAGAUUUUGAUCUUGUUAUUGCUCUCAUCAAAUUUUCUUCAAUACAAGAAUAUCAUGAAAAUGCUUUACAGAUAUUAUCAAAACUGAAAAUUAGCAAUAGUUUUUCUAACUUUCUACAUAAUUUGUGUGAUGUUACAUCUGUAAAUUUAACAAGCAGAUCUUUAGAACAUUUUAAAACUUUCUGCAAGAAUAAUUUUAAACAAAACAUCCUUGAUUUUAUUUAUAUUUUACUAAAUAAUUAUGAAAGAAAUUUAUCAUUAUUGGUUGAUUUUACAGUUUUGUAUCAUCAGCAAACAAUGAAUAAUUUUAAAUUAACAAGAAAAGUUUACUCACAUGACUUUAAUGUAUUGCAUAAGCUUCGCAAAUUUGAUGAAUCAAGUGACAUUUUCUUUCCAUGUCCGAAAAUAUUUGAAAAGUUAGAUAAAAUUUUUACAAAUCAGUUAUUUGAUUAUACACAUUUAACUUUAUUUGGAUUGUAUGAAGAAUUUAUUAAUUGGCUGUCAUUUUUUAAUAUAGAAAAUAAAAGAGAAAUUAUUGAUAAAUUUAUAGUAAAAAGAUCCAAUUUAACGAAUAUAAUUUAUGAAAAACAAGAUGAAAUCAAUUCGACGCUACAAACAAAUGAUAUUAUUAUUUUCUUCUUAUCUAAAUUUAAAGUCUUAAGUUUUAAAAACAAGAAGAAAUUUCUUAUUUCUAAAAUGAAUUAUUAUGAAGCAGGAUCGUUUAUUAUUACCGUUAGAAGAAGUUCAAUACUUAAUGAUUCUUUUUUUCAAGUAAUGAGAAAGUCAUCAAAAGAACUAAAAGCAAAAAGAAUACAAAUUAAAUUUUCUGGUGAACAAGGAAUAGAUUUUGGUGGAUUAACAAAAGAAUGGCUUGAACUUGUUAUGCAGGAAGCAUUAAAACCCGAUCAAGGUCUUUUUGUUUAUUCAUCGGAUAAGCGGAAUUCUCUACACCCUUUUAAAAAUAGUAAAAUUGAUCCGGAUCAUCUUUCAUUUUUUAGGUUUAUUGGUAGAAUGCUAGCUAAAAUAAUAAUUGAAGGAUUUAAUAUUAGUAUACAUUUUGAUAAAUCUGUGUACAAAUAUUUAUUAGGUCUUAAGUGUACCUUACAAGAUUUAGAAGAGAUUGAUCCACAAUUUUACAAUUCAUUAAUGUGGAUUAAAAAUAAUAAAAUUGAAAAUAUUCUUAACUUAACAUUUUCUGUUGAAAAUAAUAAUUUUGGUUUUAAUGAAAUUAUAGAUCUAAUUCCUGAAGGUCGACAAGUUUUAGUCACUGAUGAUAAUAAAAAUGAUUACAUAGAUUUAGUUGUAGAAAAUAGAUUGAUUAAAAGUGUAGAAAAACAACUUAAUGCUAUGAGAGAAGGAUUAUUUGAAAUGAUUGAUGAGGAUAUUAUUUGUAUUUUUAAUGAAAAAGAAUUAGAGUUAUUAAUUUGUGGUAUACCUGAUAUAAAUAUUGAUGACUGGAAAAACAAUACAGAAUACAUAGGAUACACUAGUCAUUCUAGAAACAUUAGUUGGUUUUGGAAGGCAGUUGAAGGAUUUACACCUGAAGAAAAGGCAAAACUUCUGCAAUUUUGUACUGGAUCAUCUCGUGUACCUUUUGAAGGAUUUAAGAAUUUACAAAGUACAAAUGGAUAUCAGAAAUUUAGUAUUAAUAAAAUAUCUACAAAUAGGCUACCAUCAGCACACACAUGUUUUAAUCAAUUAGAUUUACCUGAAUAUACUAGCUAUGAGGAGUUAAGAAAAAAUAUUUUAUAUGCUAUAAAUGAGUGUCAAGGUGGAUUUUACAUAAUUUGA